AACACAAAUGUCGUGCGCUGCCUACAAUACCACGUACCAGAUGUCUCGGAUGGCUCGGCUCUUGGUCACGGCCGUUAAAGAAGGAGUCAUCUACACCGAGGACCUGACCGCCGCGUUCCUGGACGAGUACGUUUCUCUGACCGAGUGUCCGCCGGCCGAGCUGCUUCUGCGCUCGGCGGGAGACCAGCGCUUCAGCGACUUCGAGGUACUGCAGUGCAACUACGCCCACUUCCACCUGGGUUCCAAGAAGUGGCCCGCCGUGGGCUUCGGCGACUGGUUGCGAGCCAUGAUCGAGUUCCAGCUGAACUGGCCCGCCAUAGAG